AUGGCAGAUUACAGUGACAAGUGUGCGGAGGAUUGUUCGUUCGACUAUGGCGAUGACAAACAAAAAGGCGUUUGCUUGAUCAAAGAAGAGUAAGUAAUUAUUGCCAUUUUUGCUAAAACGUUCAAUUCUUGUAGAAUUAUCGCAUUUUCACAGUGAACGAGUAUCAUCUAACCUAACCUAACCUCAAUCUAAUCGAGCGCAUGGUGUUCUGUCACAAUACAAACCUUUUAGUCGAAUAACGUAAAACUAUGUGAUAAAAGUAUUAAUUAUAUUGUGGUAUUUUCUUAAAUGAUUUACUUUCUUCCUUGACGGCAAGGACUUUUCAUUGACGUGUAAUACAAUUAUUGCAGGUUUAUAUUGGAAGAUCGUAUUAGACAUUUAAGUGAUGACACUUCUCCAUUGGACGAUCCGCCAUCCAAAAAAAUCAAAUAUGAUAAUAAGAAAGAGAAGCAUAGAGGGCAAAACAAGGCAAGGCCACCGCCAUUUAAGACACAGCGCAAACUGAACUUGUGCCCCAAGAUAGCAGAUCAAGCAGUGGACGAACCUGAAAAGAAAUGCGACAAUGGUCAAUGUAUAUUCCUGCACGACAGAGUUGAAUAUUUGAAGAUCAAGCCAGAUGACAUUGCUGAUGAAUGUUGCAUCUUUGAGCUCACUGGCAGAUGCCCCAGAGGCAUUACUUGCAGAAUGGGUUCCAAACAUUUGACUAAGGAAGGUUUGAAUAUCGUUGACAACGAGAAACUGGAGGAAUUUGCGAAAAGACCACCUUCUAUGAAGAAUCAUUUGACUAAAGAUAUUCAGACUCGAUUAAGAAAACACAAGUAUAAUUUUUCUAAAGCUGAAAACAUUGUUAAGGCAAACGGGCCAUCUAGGAAAAAGGUAGAAAUAAAAAAUGUUACAGCAGAACCAAGAUUAGAAAAUAUUGAACAAGACUUAGGGAUAAAAAAUGUUGAAGAAAUUGACAAGCUGUCGGAGAAAGAUAAACUGGAGAUAAAAGACAGUUCAAUAUUAGAUACUUCUAUCAAUGAAUCUAAGAACGAGACCAUUGAGACUCAGAAUACAAUAAAAAAACUUGGUCCUGUUGAAGAUUACGAUUUGAUCAAAUGUAGGUACUCGGAGAAGAAAAAGGUUGAUUGGAAAAAUAAGAUACUGUUGAGUUCAUUAACUACAGUGGGCAACCUGCCGUUUAGAAGAAUUUGUAAAGAAUACGGAGCAGAUAUAACUUGCGGAGAGAUGGCUUUGGCACCAAAGAUACUGCAAGGAGCUCAUGAAGAAUGGGCACUAGUGAAAAGGCACGAAUCAGAAAAUAUCUUUGGUGUACAGCUUUGUGGGAACAAUCCGGGAGUAUUAACAAGAUGUGCACAGUUGCUAAAUGAAGAAAUCGAUGUCGAUUUCAUUGAUUUGAAUCUUGGCUGCCCUAUAGAUUUAAUUUAUAGACAAGGAGGAGGAAGCGGUAUGCUGAACCGACUAAAUGUUUUAGAAACUGUUGUGAAAUCUGUUAGCCAAGUUAUGAAUAUACCUUUAACUGUAAAAACUAGGACAGGUGUUUAUAUAGACAAACCUAUUGCACAUACUUUAAUGCCAAAGUUUGUUGAUUGGGGUGUGUCCAUGAUUACUGUUCAUGGUAGAUCACGCGAACAAAGAUAUACGAAAUUAGCCGACUGGAAUUACAUAGAAAAAUGCGCGAAAGCGGCAGAUCCCGUUCCAGUAUUUGGAAAUGGAGACAUUUUAUCAUACGACGAUUAUCAAAGAGUGCGGGACGCAUAUUCUACUAUCUAUGGAAUCACCAUAGGACGUGGGGCAUUGAUAAAGCCAUGGAUAUUCACCGAAAUAAAAGAGAAAAGGUUAAUAGAUAUAUCGAGUACAGAAAGAUUCGAGAUUUUGAGAAAAUAUGCCAAAUAUGGCCUUGAACAUUGGGGCUCGGAUACUCGUGGUGUUGAGACGACGAGGAGAUUCAUGCUAGAAUGGAUAUCUUUUUUGCAUAGGUAUAUUCCUGUUGGAAUAUUAGAAAGACCACCGCAAAGGAUCAAUGAGAGACCACCAUUUUACAGAGGUCGCGACGACAUGGAAACGCUAAUGGCUAGUUCAAAUUCUGCAGAUUGGAUCAAAUUAUCGUAAAAUAUUUUCACUCGCCAUCGCAUAUUUAAUGCAAUUGCUUUGUUUAACUUGGAUUUUAUUUUCAGAGAAAUGUUACUAGGAAAAGUGCCUGAAGGAUUUAAUUUUCUGCCAAAACACAAGGCGAACGCGUGGAAAUGA